AAUGCAAGAACUUUACAUCUCUUUUCCCAUUCUGCUUAAUUUCUCAGAUGAAAAAUUUUCUUGUCUUGUGAUCUAUUCAACCAUUUAGCCAUACAUUCAGGGAAAGUAGAGUGGACAUGGAGGAACAAUCUUUGGAAUCAGAGGUAAAAGAAGGGCAGAGCGAAUUCUCGCAGAUCUCUCUGAGGCCAUUGGAGCUAUCAGACAUCGAUGAUUUCAUGGUGUGGGCUAGUGAUGAUAAAGUGACUAGUUUCACCAGUUAUGGACCUUUCAGUCACAAAGAAGAAGGCAUAGAGUAUAUUAACCACGUCGUUAUACCCCACAAGUGGUUCAAGGCAAUUUGCUUAAAUAACAGGCCGAUUGGGGCUAUAUCAGUGACACCAUUUUCAGGCAACGACAAAUGCAGAGGUGAAAUUGGGUAUGUUCUGGGGUCAAAGUAUUGGGGCAAAGGAAUUGUAACAAGGGCUGUGAAGAUGGUGGUUGAUAUUAUAUUUGAUGAGUGGCCACAUUUGGAGAGACUUGAGGCUCUGGUAGAUGUUGAAAAUGUUGGGUCACAGAAGGUGCUGCAGAAGGCUGGAUUCAUGCGAGAAGGUGUUCUCAGAAAGUAUUGUCUUCUAAAGGGAAAAACUAGAGAUAUGGUCAUGUUUAGUCUUCUUUCUACUGAUCCCAGAAUUUGAUUAAUUGUAUGAGUUAAUGCUGUGUUUCCUGGUGAAUUGAUUGAGUAUAUAUGGCCAUGUCUAUGAUUUGAAAAGGAAUAUUUAGUUGAAUAUCAAGAUGGGCAUCUUUCAAUUAUCCAAUAUAAUUAACCCUUUUUAUUUAUUUAUUUUUUUUAA